AAAUACUUAUUUUUAUAAUACAUGCUAGACAAUUAUCAAUUGAAGGCAAUUUAGAAAAGACAUUGAUUCGAUGCAUUAUUUUCUUUUUCUUUUUCUCUUUUUAAUUGUUUUUUGAUUAUUUCAGCUUGACUUGGACUAUCUUCCAGACAAUUUCUUCAGAGAUGACAUCCACUAUGAAGGUCAAUGCCACAUCAUGUUCUCCAGUAAUCGCCAACUCAGUGAACUCGCCAAAGCUAAGACCUGUUAUAUUGAUGGCACAUUCAAGAUAGUGAGGAAACCAUUUGCACAACUACUCAGCAUCCACUCCUUCAUCAAGUCCGACUCAAACAUCAAACAGCUUCCUCUAGUCUUUGUAUUGAUGUCCAGAAGGAGAAAGAAAGAUUACAAGAAGGUUCUAAGCUCCAUCUUAACCAUGCUACCAGACCAGUUAAAGGUUAAGCUGUUUGUUGCCGACUUUGAGAGUGGCCUAUGGAGAGCUCUGACUUCAGUUUUCGACGACCCUGUCAUCCAAGGUUGUGUCUUCCAAUGGACACAAGCUAUUUGGAGGAAGACACAAGAAAUUGGUUUGCAGACAGCCUACUACCAAAAGGACAGUGUCUACAAGUUUGUCAGGAAGCUGAUGGCCCUACCAUUUUUACCUGCUGAACAUAUUCCAACAACAUUUGAAGACAUUGCCAUCAAAGCCAAAUCUGCUAGGACCAAGGAGCUUGCAACCUAUGUGAAAAACACUUGGCUGUCAUCAACCGUUUGGCUUGUACCAUCCUGGAGCAUCUUCAUGAGACCAGUCAGGACAAACAACGACGUUGAGGGCUGGCACAGACGCAUCAACGACAAGGCAGUAGAGUCCAACAAACCCUUCUAUGAACUUCUUGAGUUGCUUCACACAGAAACUACAAAGGUCCCACUUCAAGUGAAGCUGAUUGGUGACGGCAAGCUAAAAAGGUGUCAACGUAAGAAGGUCAGAGCUGUUCAGGGACAGAUAUUCUCCUUGUGGGAAAAGUACACCACCCAGACCAUUACCACAGCAGAACUACUUAAACAGACCAUGCGUUUGAAUGGCCCUGUACCAUCAACAGAAGACACCAACCAGUGAAUAGAGAAAUGAACAUAGACAGUGCUCAAACAAUGGUUAUUAGUGCUUCAUAUAUGUUUAUAUUUUAUGUAACAAUAGUGCCAGUUAUCUGUUGGAAAACAUAUAAUUUAUUUUAAUGCCAUGUGAAAGACAUGAUUAUAUCUAUGUAAUACUUUGUGUAUGAUAUAUAUGUGAAUAAAACAUAAGGUGUAUUUAU